UUUUCUUUCCAGUUCAUGACUUCCCCUCCCUGCUUCUCCUCCCUUGCAGCAUGUGACCACUGUGACUUGCUUCUCCCCCGGCAAGCGCAGCUCCAACCGAUGCCUAUGGAGGAUUCCGACAACCGGACUGAAGUGGUCCUCCUGCUAUGUGGCUCUUUCAACCCCAUCACCAACAUGCACCUUCGACUUUUCGAACUGGCAAGAGAUCACCUGCAUGAAAUGGGGAAAUACAAAGUGGUAAAAGGGAUCAUUUCGCCUGUGGGGGAUGCGUAUCUGAAGAAAGGCCUGAUCGGCGCCAGCCACCGAGUGACCAUGGCAAGGCUCGCAACAGAAAAUACUGACUGGCUGGAAGUGGACGACUGGGAAAGCAGUCAAGGAGAGUGGCAGGAAACCAUCAAAGUUCUCAGAUACCACCAUCAGAAGUUGAAGCAUUUGUAUUGUGCCAACAGCUCUGAGGAAGCUCCUCUCCCAAGCAAAGCGGGCCGGAAGAGAAAGCGGGCAGCAGGGAGCCAACUCCCCGUUAGAAUGAACCAACCCAAACGAAAAGGCGUCCCCCAGUUGAAGUUGCUAUGUGGAACGGAUGUUCUGGAGUCCUUUGCCGUGCCCAGUCUCUGGAAGCCAGAAGACAUCCUGGAAAUUGUGUCCAAGCAUGGCAUGGCAUGCAUUACCAGGUUGGGGAGCCACGCCCCCAAGUUCAUCUACGAGUCCGACGUGCUGUGGAAGCACAAGGAGAACAUACACCUGGUGGAGGAGUGGGUCACCAACGACAUCUCGGCAACCAAGAUACGAAGAGCGCUGAGGAGGGGCCAGAGCAUACGGUAUCUAGUGCCCGACGUCGUUCAGGCUUACAUCAAACAGCAUGAUCUGUACACUGCAGAGACUGAGGACCGCAACACAGGAGUUGUCUUGGCGCCUUUGCAGAAAAACGCAAGGCAGCCCAUCAAAAGUUGAAUGGGCUACGUCUGCAUGGUGGUGGAGCGGGGGGAGAGCAGAAAUAGGGGCUGAUUGGAACACCAAUGGUA